GUGAACCAAAAGAAAAGUUAUAAACAAUCACAGCAUUCUACGCGUGGUGGUCAAGGUAGGUCACGGGACUGUGGAGCUGCCGAUUUGAUCUUCUCCCUAGAUCAAUCAUGACUGUAGAUGAUGUGUGGGUAGGCACCUGGCGCCCUCACAAGGCCAGGGGGGCCAUCGCAGCUCUUUACACCAGUCCCGGACCCAAGUAUGCCCUCCCUGGGGCAACAGGUCUUAACAACCAUGACCCAUCAAAGCUGAAAGGUCCUGCCUUCAGCUUUGGCACACGCCACCGCGUGUUUAGCUCGGAGUGCUCCCCUGGUCCUGGCUAUCUAGUGCCAGCCAAUAUCACUCGUGUGGGCAGGGAUGGCACGCCAGCUUACUCCCUCUACAGCCGCCGAAAAGACCCACAGGUGUUCCAAACACCUGGACCUGGCCGAUACUUCCCAGAAAAAACUGGAAAGAUCACGUUCCUCUCAGCUCCCGCCUAUUCACUGUCAGCUCGUCGAAGAGGCUUCAGGAAUGAUCAGACACCAGGUCCUGCUGCGUAUGCGCUGCCUCCAAUGCUAGGCCCCAACACUGUGAAUAGGACAUCUGCUCCAAACUUCUCCCUGACUGGCCGCAGUAAGAUCGGCAGCUUCCACGAGGACCUUCAGAAGACCCCUGGUCCUGGGUCCUACAGGGUAGUGGACCCCAUGAUCUACACCCAGAAGGCCCCUCAGUACAGCAUGAUAGGCCGAAACAGCAUGCCCGGAGACACUACCAGGAAACCAGGCCCGGGAGCUCACCAUCCUGAGCAGGUAACUUUCACCAGGAGAAAGGCCCCGAGCUUCUCAUUUGGGAUCCGUCAUUCGGAGUUCAUCACUCCCCUCAUCUCAGAUGUGCCUGAAUAGAGUCGCUUUCCACUAUGUUAUAUAUACUGAAUAUCGUUACUGCAGGAAUAAAACAUGGCUCAAUGCCCCC